AUGAGCCAACUGGGCACCGUCUACGCCACAAAGCGAAGGCGACGCAAUGGCAAAAGCCUGAAGCCGCCGCCCAAGGAUGGCGUCACUAAGAGCAAUCCAUCAAAACGGCAUCGGGAGCGGUUGAAUGCCGAACUGGAUCUACUUGCCUCGCUGCUGCCCUUCGAGCAGAAUAUACUAAGCAAACUGGAUCGACUGAGCAUACUAAGGCUGUCCGUUAGUUAUUUAAGAACCAAAAGUUAUUUUCAAGUUGUUAUGCAUAAGGAUAAGGAGGAGAAUGGUGUCCUGCCGCACAUACACGCUCACGAUGGCUACAGAACCCGUGAGCUGGGCGCCUUUGAACAUGGUCUGCUGGAUGGUGAUAUGUUCCUGCAGGCUCUAAAUGGAUUUCUAAUGAUACUGACAUGCGAAGGCGAGGUCUUCUUUGCCACGCACAGCAUCGAGAGCUAUUUGGGUUUUCAUCAGUCGGAUAUUGUGCAUCAGUCGGUUUAUGAACUGGUCCACUCGGAGGAUCGGGAGGAACUGCAGCGUCAGCUGUUGUGGAAUAGCUUUCUGCCCGCGGACAUGUCCAGCAUGCAGCUCUCGGAGACUCUGGCGCCCGAUAAGGCGCUCUACUUGGAGCGCAGCUUUACAGUCCGCUUCCGUUGUCUGCUGGACAAUACAUCGGGAUUCCUGCGCCUGGACAUACGCGGACGCAUCAAGAUACUCCAUGGCCAGAAUAGAAAGACGGAGGAGCCGCCGCUCGCUUUGUUCGCCUACUGCACACCCUUUGGUCCGCCCAGCUUAUUGGAAAUACCGCACAAGGAGAACAUGUUCAAGUCCAAGCACAAGCUGGACUUCUCCCUCGUCUCGAUGGAUCAGCGGGGCAAACACAUUCUGGGCUAUGCCGACGCCGAGCUGGUCAACAUGGGUGGCUACGAUCUUGUCCACUAUGACGACCUGGCCUACGUGGCGAGUGCACAUCAGGAACUGUUGAAGACGGGCGCUUCGGGCAUGAUCGCCUAUCGCUACCAGAAGAAGGAUGGAGAAUGGCAAUGGCUGCAGACGAGCUCGCGUUUGGUUUAUAAGAACUCCAAGCCGGACUUUGUCAUCUGUACGCAUCGCCAGCUGAUGGACGAGGAGGGUCACGAUCUGCUGGGCAAGCGCACGAUGGACUUUAAGGUCAGUUACCUGGACACCGGCCUGGCAUCCACGUAUUUCUCUGAAGCGGAUCAGCUGGUGGUGCCACCGUCUAGUGCCAGUGCCUCGCCCACAGCCCAUGCGUUGCCGCCUCCGGUGACGCCGACGCGACCCAAUCGAAGGUACAAGACGCAGCUGCGCGACUUUCUUUCCACAUGCCGCAGCAAACGCAAGUUGCAACAGCAGCAGCAGCAACAGCAACAUCUGCAGGCACAGCAAUCCUCGCCACUGGGUCAAGUGGGCUCACCUGCUCCGGCUGUCGUUGAGUAUCUUCCGGAUCCCGCCGCAGCUGUGGCGGCUGCCUACUCCAAUCUGAAUCCCAUGUACACGACAUCGCCGUAUGCAACUGCAGCGGAUAAUCUAUACAUGGGCAGCUCCAUGCCGGCCAAUGCCUUCUAUCCCGUCAGCGAGAAUCUCUUCCAUCAGUACCGACUUCAAGGUGCCGUCGGCGUCGGUGGCUACUACACGGAUUAUCCCCACACGGGUGCACCCGCCUCGGCUUAUGUGGCCAAUGGUUUCCUCUCCUACGAUGGCUAUGCCAUUGCCUCCAAGGCGGACGACAAGUGGCAGGAGACGGGCAAAUACUACAGUGGCUAUAGCAGUGGCUACGGCAGCCCCACAUCCACACCACAGCAGAUUCCUUUAAAGACGCCCAAAUCAUCGCCGCAGGUCAUGGAGGUAAUCUCUUGCUCCUCGGAUGGUCCCUCGCCCGUGGCCGGUGGUGCCACUUCCAACGGCAGCAGUGGUGUGCAACCCAAAGUGGAGCUGGGAGCAGCAGCAACCGCAGCAGCAGCAGCAGCAACUGAUCCCUACGAGCGUCAGACAGUGCUCAUGUGGGGCACCACCCAGUCCAGUGGUGUGCCGUUAAACAGCCGCAUUGCAGCCACUGCUGGUGGCUCGCCGCAGCGCACCACGCCCCUCUCCAAUGGCUUAAGCUAUGCCAACAACAACAACAACAAUGAGCAGGAAGCGGCAACAGCGGCCAAAUGGAAUGGCAACAAGGAGCUGACUGGGAAAUCAACAAGCGCUGGCACUCCCGAAAGCUAUCAGCUGCAACACGAUGACUCUGGCCUCUACUCGGCCUCCUCGCACACCACAUCGCCCCAGCAACAGCAGCAGCAGCAACAGCAGCAACAACAGGCGCAUGCAACACGUGGCAACAUUGGCUCCAAUGUUAGCAACUCCAGCAAUUCUGUAGCAGCACACACUGCACCAGGCAGCGAGCACCACGUUCACGCGCAACCUCAGCUGCCACCCAGUUGCGCCGCCGCCGUCAGCAACCACCAACAGCAACAGCAACAACAGCAACCGCUUCACGCUCAUCCACAUGCACCACACACGCACUAUCACCACCACCACCACCAUCACCAUCAUCCGCACCACCAUCAUGCGGCGGCGAUUCUAAUGACCACUCAACAACAGCAGCAGCAGCAACAGCAGCAACAGUUGGUGGCAGGAUACCCGCUGCACCACCAUCAUCAGGUGGAGUCACCGCCCAACUGUCGCACAUCGCCAACGCUGCCGGCGGUAAGCAGCCUGCUCAGCGGUGCAGCGGAUGCUGUUGCCAUCUCGCCCUAUCAGCAACUGGCGAUUGUCUCCACGACAGCAGCAGCAGCAACACCGCUGAUCCUUUGCUCCGAUGAAUCGCUGCAGGUGCUCAGUGGAGCCACAUCGAGUGGUGCUGCACGUGGUGCACGGAAAGCAGCAAAGCUGCAGCAGCAACACCAGCAGCAACACCAGCAGCAACAUCAUCAGCAGAACCAACAACAUCAGCCAAAUUACCAGCAACAUCACACACAACAUCUGCUCUAUCCGGCCAACAUAACGGCGCACACGGCUCUUGCCUAUGCCCCGCCCCCUGUUAGUGCUGCUGGCGCCUAUAUCGAUGGCAGUCCGCUGCUUUCCUUCUCGGAGGUGACAAACACGCUGCUGAACCAGUAGGAAUC